AUGUCAAAGAAAGGAAAUAUGAAAGCUAGAGUUGCAGAUACUCAAGAUUUGAGAGAAAUGUUAACUAACAAAAAGGAAAGUGAAAGAAUUGAAGGAUUAAAAAUAGUUAUUUCUCAAAUGACAGAAGGGAAAGAUGUUGGAAUAUUAUUUGGAGAAGUUCUUCAAUGUGUUGCAACACCAAAUAUUGACGCUAAGAAAUUGGCAUAUUUAUACAUUAUGAAUUAUGCUAAAACACAACAAGAUAAUGCAACAAGAGCAGUUCAAGCUUUUUUGAGAGAUUCAAAUGAUCCUAAUCCAAUUAUACGUGCAUUAGCUAUCAGAACAAUGGGAGCUAUUAGAGUACCUAAAGUUACACAAGAGUUAUACAACCCAUUACAAAAAGCAUUAAAAGAUCAAGACCCAUAUGUCAGAAAGACAGCAGCCAUGUGUGUUGCAAAGUUAUAUUUCUUAAACCAAGAAGAAUGUGUUAGACAAGGAUUUGUUAAUACAUUGAAAGAAUUAAUAUUUGAUAGUAAUCAUGUUGUAGUUGCUAAUGCACUUGCUGCUCUUAAUGAAAUUAAUAGCAUGUCAGAAAAGCAUGAUGUAUUUGAAGUUACUUCAGAAAAUUACAACAUUCUUCUUACUGCAUUAAAUAAAUGUGCAAAUGAAUGGGGACAAGUUAUUAUAUUAGACACUAUUUCUAAAUAUGUUCCAGAAAAUGUCCAAAUUGCAGAAAGUAUUUGCGAACAAGUUUCUCCAAGAUUAAAAGCUGCCAAUAGUGCUGUAGUAUUAGCUGCUGUUAAACUUAUUCUUGUAUUACUUCCUCAUUUAAGUGAACAAAAUGCAUCACUUUAUUUAAAAAAGAUUGCACCACCAUUAGGAACACUUAUGUCUGCAUCUAAAGCAUAUGAAAUUCAAUAUGUUGCAUUAAGAAAUAUUCGAUUAAUUCUUCAAAAAUGCAAAGACUUAUUAGUAAAUGAUGUAAAAAUAUUUUAUUGUAAAUAUAAUGAUCCUUUAUAUAUUAAAAUUGAAAAACUUGAAAUUAUUGUUGCUUUAGCUAAUAAAGAUAAUAUAAAAGAAAUUCUCUCAGAAUUUGUUGAUUAUUCUCAAAUGGGUGAUGUUGAAUUUGUUAGAAAAGCUGUUAGGGCUUUAGGAAGAUGUGCUAUUAAAUUAGAAAACGUUGCUAAUCAAUGUAUUACUACUUUAGUUGAUUUAAUUAAUACAAAAGUUAAUUAUAUUGUACAAGAAGCAAUCGUUGUUAUAAGAGAUAUCUUUAGAAGAUAUCCAAAUAGAUACGAAAAAGUUAUUGGAACUCUUUGUGAAAAUUUGGAUUCUCUUGAUGAACCAGAAGCUAAAGCUGCUAUGAUUUGGAUUAUUGGAGAAUAUUCAGACAGAAUUACUAAUGUAGCUGAUUUAUUACAAAUGUUUUUAGAAACUUUCCAAGAAGAAGAUAUUAAUGUCCAAUUACAAUUACUCACUGCAACAGUUAAAUCAUUUUUAAAAGCUUCUUUAGAGGAUCAAGAUGUUCUUCAAAAUUUGUUUACUAUGUGCACUGAAAGUGAUAAUCCUGAUCUUAGAGAUAGAGGUCUCUUUUAUUGGAGACUUCUUGCUCAUGAUCCAGAACUUGCAAAAGAGAUGGUUUGUUCUGAAAAACCAGUUAUUAAAGAUGAUUCUGAAGAACUUGACCAAGCUGUUUUAGUUAAAUUAAUCCCACAUAUUGGCUCUUUGGCCUCAUUAUUACAUAAACCACCAGAAGUUUUCGUUUCUUCAUUAAAAGCACAAGCUGGUGGAUUUAAUUUCAAGAACCUUGAGACUUUAGGUGAAGAAUUCUCUUCUGAUGAGGAAGAUGACAUCCAAAUCAAUACUCAACCUGCUAACACAAAAUCAUUACUUGACUUUGGUGAUGCUGCACCAGCCCAACCAACUACGGCACCAGCUCAACAAGCACCUCAACAACAAAGUGUAAUGUCUUUGUUUGAUAAUUUGAACACAACCACACCUUCUCAAUCUACUCCUGCUCAACCAGUCCAACAACAACAAAAUAUUUAUGCCACUCUUUAUGGACAACCAACUCAACCAGUCCAACAACAACCAGCCCUCUUUGCUACUCCUGGUGUUCAAACACAAGCCACUCCAGCUCAACCACAACAAACAAAUAAACCAGCCGUCGAUCUUUCAUUCCUUGGCAUUUAA